AUUUACUUAUGUUUUGAUUUAUUUAGAAACUUUAUGCAAUUGAUUCAAGAUUUAAGUUUUUUCAAGAUGUCUGUUAUUUAUCUGUAUGACCUAAUUUAUUUUCUAAUGUCGACUCUGAUGUCUCUGUGCUUUUUUGCAUUAUCUGCUUUAAUUUGCAUCAUUAUUUUACUGAAAACAUACAUAUUGUUAUCAAAAUGGCAUUAUAAACUAAACAAUAAAAAUAAAAAUGACAGUAUUGAAAUAACGGUAGGUUUUUUUCAUCCUUAUUGCAAUGCUGGUGGAGGUGGUGAACGAGUUCUAUGGUGCGCAAUAAGAGCUUUGCAAAAUCGUUAUUCAUUUGUCAAAUGUGUUGUUUACACUGGUGAUAUAGAUAGCAAGCCAGAAGACAUAUUAAAAAGAGCUAAAGAAAGAUUUAAUAUUGAAAUAAAUUCUCAUGUUCAUUUUGUAUAUUUACAUAAAAGAGUAUGGGUUACAGCAGAGCUAUACCCAGUUCUUACAUUACUCGGUCAAAGUUUAGGAUCUAUUGUAUUAGGAUUUGAAGCUUUGUUUAAAUUUACCCCCAAUAUUUACUUAGACACUAUGGGAUAUGCUUUUACUAUUCCUAUAUUUAAGUACAUUGGUGGGUGUUACGUGGGCAGUUACGUCCAUUACCCAACAAUUAGUACUGACAUGCUCGAAAAAGUGCUUCAAAGACAAGCAGAUUACAACAACUCUCUGCUUAUUUCUAAAAGCUAUAUUCUAAGCACAUUAAAAUGGAUUUAUUAUAACAUCUUUGCAUUGUGCUAUGGCUUAUCUGGUUGCUGUAACGAUAUUGUAAUGGUUAACUCUUCGUGGACAUUGAAUCACAUUAUUUCUCUUUGGAAAGUACCUCAAAUCACAAGUGUUAUUUUCCCCCCAUGUGAUACAAAAACACUUAUGAACAUAAGCAUUGAUGCUAGUGAAACUUUGAAAGUAAAACCCAAGCAAAUUAUUUCAGUUGCUCAGUUUCGACCUGAAAAAAAUCACAUGCUUCAGUUGGAAAUUUUUGAAAAAUUUUUAAAGCAGCAAUCUUAUGAAAUGAAGAAUUGUUAUAGACUUUUAUUAGUUGGAAGUUGCAGAGGUGAAGAGGACAAUAACCGAGUUGAGCUUUUAAAAAAGAAAGCAGAGUUGUUGAAAAUAAAUCAACAGGUAGAAUUUCAUUUAAACAUAUCCCACGAGAAACUACUAAAUUUAUUAACAGUCUCUACUAUAGGUCUACAUACAAUGAAAGAUGAGCAUUUUGGUAUAGGAGUUGUAGAAUUUAUGGCAGCAGGUUUAAUAGUAUUGGCACAUAAUUCUGCUGGGCCCAAAAUGGAUAUUGUGAUAAAUUGGAAUAGUAACGAAACUGGCUAUUUAGCUUCAACUGCUGAAGAAUAUGUUGAAGCAUUGUCUCAAAUAUUUAAUUUAUUGCCUUCAGAGCGCUACCAUAUUUGUAUGAAUGCUAGAGAUUCUGUCAAAAAGCGAUUUUCUGAAGAAACAUUUGAGAAAUUAUUUCUAGCCAAAACAGAAUUUAUGUUUACAAAGCAUUAAAUAUAGGGUUUAUUUUUGUUGUUAUUUUUAGAUAAUAAAUUUAAUUCUUGUU